ACCAGGAUCUGCACAGUGAGGAACAGGCUGCAGGCAGUGCUGGUGCAAGGUGACUAGUCUGUUCGUGAAACCAUGAUGGUAAGACGGUUGCGGUUUACAGUAGUGAUAAUGACAAUAUUCCUAACAAGCGUAUUUUGGCAUCGAAAAUUACUUCAGGAUUAUCUGGUGCAAGUGUUUGAAAACUACAAUGAGCUAUACCAAGAUGAAGGGAUGAAAGCAACAACACUUCCAGCUAAAACCGAGCUCCAAAUGAAAAUAGAUGCGAUAUUCGACAAAACUCUGAUGCUCAUCCCCAAUGCUGCAUUCACUCACUUUAAUAAAAGUACAAGUGGGGAAAACAGUAAGGCUUUCAUAGUAAAUCCCAGGGCACGUUAUUGUGUUGGAGAGGACUUUGUGGUACAGCUCGACAUGUACGAUUACUUGGGCAACAGAAAGACCUAUGGUGGAGACUUCAUUAGGCCAAGAUUGUUCUCCUCAGAGCUCGGAGCUUCUGUGUCUGGAACAGUAAAAGACUUCAACAAUGGGUCAUACCAUGUGCACUUUCCUUUGUAUUGGGCAGGCAAAGCCAAGGUCUCACCUCUUUUAUUCCACCCAAGUGAAGGGGUUGCGGCUGUCUGGAGAGCAAGACAUUCCAGCGAAGGAGUCCUUGGCUUCCAGGGGAGAUUUGAAAAGCAUGGUCAAAACGUCGCUAGUAAAUGUGGUUUUAAGCUAGACAAAGAAGAAGGGAAGGAGAUUUGUGAGUACUUAGAUCCAGUCUACGAGGAGGCCUUCUACUGUUACAAGGUUCCAAACUUCACUUGUGAAAGUUUGAAUGAAAUGAGGGGUUAUGACCUUUCCAUACCACAUAUUACUGCUGCGGAAAAAAAAAUGUUUGAAAGAAAGAAUAUUGCUGUUGAAAUCCCGCAAAUGUUUGAGGCCAUAACAGUUACCAACUGUAAUUCCUUAACAGUGAAUCAAAAGCCAAAAUGUCAGACAGGAAUGGGCUCUCCUUUCCCCAGCGGAUACUUUUUCAAUAAUCUGUGGAACCCUCUCUACUGUAACAUGACGGAUUAUAAAUCCGCAGAGAACUUCACUAACUGUCUUCAGGGGAAGAAACUCUAUCUCAUCGGAGACUCAACGUUACGCCAGUUUAUCAUGUUCUUCACCGAGGGCAUCAAAAUAGUGAAUUAUUUCCGUUACCAUGGAAGUGGUUGGGCUGGAUGGCAUAUGGCACUGGAAGCAAUAAACAUGGAGAAAGACAUUUAUGUCUCCUAUAAGAGACAUGGAUUCCCUUUAGAACAUCCUGGUUUCUACUACUUCAAGGAAGACAUGUACACAAGUCGCCAGAUUGACCGGCUGGCUGGCGGAAAGGACACUAUCAUCGCUAUUACAAUGGGACAGCACUUCAGACAGUUCCCCCUUAAGAUUUUCAUUAGGCGGGCUCUCAACAUCCGUAGAGCUAUAGAACAACUGUUCCUCAGGAGCCCCGACACCAAAGUCAUCAUCAAGUCAGAGAACACCAGGGAACUUUUUUCUCCAGUUGAAAUGCAGGGGGACUUCCACGGUUACACUCAGUAUCUCAUACUGAGAGAGGUUUUCCAGGGGAUCAAUGUUGGCUUUGUGGAUGCUUGGGACAUGACGGUGGCUUCAGGCAAUGUAGUUGUUCAUCCUCCGGGCUAUAUAUUUAGAAGCAUAAUGAGCCUGACUUUCAGUUUUGCUUGUCCUUAAAAUGUCAUAAUGAAGGAAAGCCCAGUUGUCCUGGGGAUGCUUAUGUGGCAAUCCCUCAUACUCAGACUGGAGCUGGGAAGAUAUCUGUAAGGGGUUAAGAAAGACACACCUUGUGUUUCAGAUACAAAUGGUGUAUUAGGAGAUUUGUAUAUGAGCAGCAGAAAAGAACGAGCUUGGCAUUUUGUUUUUAACCAGUGUCAC